CUCAAUUUUGCACAUUGUCCGUUUUGUCUCGAAUCGUCUGCAUUGUGGUAAUUUACGUUGUAAUAAAAAGUUAAACUAAAGUAUUUAUGGUGAUCUCUGGUUUUAGUGAUGUGGAAUAAUUGUGUGUGAAUUAUUCGUUCUGAAACUGUGCGUGGAGAAAUAAAUCUUAAUAUUCCAGGAUUGGAAUUUUUGAAGGUAGUCUGAAGACUUUUCGUUUCUGUUUUGAGAAAAACGUGUUUACAAAGUUGAACGUGGUUUCCUUUGUUUUGGUUCAAUUUGAAAAUUAAGGUUUGGGGUUUGUUUUUUUUUUAAAUCAGAGGUUAGGGAGCAACAUUUUUACUGGGGUUUAACUUCGUGAGUGAUGGUAGUAUCUUGAAAUUGAACAUUUUAUGCCGGUUGUAACGCGGGUGAUAAUGUCUGCUGCUAAGAAGCAAUUCGGUAAUCGAAAAUUUUAUGCGCUGCCCGAAGACUAUUCUCUGAAAACGAGCAAGUUCCGUAACGCGUCUUUGAAAAAGGAAGACACAGCCAAGCUCAUCAAAUACAUUGACGACAAUGUUAUUGGAAAGAACACCACUUUUGCCGGUCCCUAUGGCAGGAGAAAAGUGGUUUAUUGUGACUAUGCGGCCUCGGGUAGGGCGCUGCAAUUCAUUGAGGAUUAUAUAAUGAGGGAGGUUCUGCCCGUAUAUGGCAACACUCACACCACAACUAGUAUCACUUCAAUGCAGUCAACGCUACUUAGACAUGAGGCAAAGGACAUAAUCAGGAACGCAGUGAAUGCGUCUGAGGAUGACGUGGUGAUAUUCGCAGGUCACGGCUGCACGGCGGCUGUACACAAGUUGAUUCACUCGCUGGCACUCGCCGAGCCGCCCAUUGUGUUCGUCGGUCCAUGCGAGCAUCACAGCAACCUCCUGCCUUGGCGAGAGAUUCAGGCUAAGGUUGUGCGAAUAUCAGAAACGAAGGAAGGCUUCCUAGACUUGGUUGACCUUGAGAAUCAGCUGCAGCUGCACCGUCAGCUGGAGGGCGCAGAUCGUCAGCUGAUCGGCUGUUUUUCAGCUGCCUCCAACAUAACUGGUAUUCUGGCAGACGAUGUGGCCACCACGCUCCUACUGCACCAGUACAAUGCACUUGCCUUCUGGGACUAUGCAACUGCAGCACCCUAUGUGCAACUGGACAUGAACCCAAUUCUGCCAGGUAUGGACGAGAAGUCGGUCCACAAAGACGCCAUUUUCUUUUCGGGGCAUAAGUUUGUGGGAGGUGUUCAGACCCCCGGGGUGUUGGUUGCCAAAAAGGAACUCUUCAAAAACCCUGUACCCAACGGCUGUGGCGGUGGUACUGUGUUUUUUGUCAGAAUGGUGUUGUCUCAUCUACGCAACAUCCCCGAGGUGCUAGUGCUCGGGAACAGUUCGCUGCACACGGCGCGCCGACUGGCCGUGUUCGCACUGAUGGUGCGUCACCCGCGCGGCACUUUCCUACACCACAACUUUGUGUGUGCCGUGCUCAACGAUGUGUUCGGGGUGCAGGCGCGCGGCGGGUGCGCAUGCGCCGGGCCCUAUGCGCAGGACCUUAUGGGCAUCGACCAGCAGCUGGCCGCUCAGUUCGAGCAGGUGCUCAUGGAGGAUGACCGCUUGGACCGCCGACAGUUGCGUCGCCGCGAGGAGCACUCAGCGUUUGAGAUGCUGCGACCUGGCUUCACUCGCAUCUCACUGCCCUACUUCAUGAGUGACGCCGAAGUCACCUAUGUGCUCGAGGCAAUCAAGAUGGUCGCCACCGAAGCAUGGAAGCUGCUUCCCCAGUAUAUACUCAAUCCCGAGACUGGAGAGUGGCGGCAUCAUACCAAUUCGGUGUUCAAAGACCGCAAAUGGCUGGGUUCUAUCAGGUACGUUGAUGGCAAGAUGAGUGUACACGAGAGGCGCAUAUCAGGAGUGGCUGCCUGUCCCAUCGAUCACAACGACUGUCUGCACACUGCCAGGAACAUUUUCAACAAAGCGCGCAAGAUGGCGCAACGCUACCCACUAGCCGACCAGUGUGUGAUGUUUGAUGAGCGUACUUCUGCAUUGCGCUGGUUCAUGCUGCCCAGUGAGGCGCAGGACCUGUUGCUAGGCAACGUGGCCAAUGUGAAGCAGGAAGUGCCCUUCACGCCGCCCGAGUACCACGGCUCCCGAGGGGGCUCUUCACCGCCCACAACUCCUACGCACUUUGCACGCCACAACAGUCUCUCCGCGCUGGAUAUCAGAGCUAGGCGGACUAGGGACAGACUGGACAGCCAGAGCCCAGUAACCCUCCACCCCUCAGGCAGCAGUCCCCAGAUCCAGUUCAACAGCAACGGACUCAUGAUGCGCGAACGCUGCUACUCACUAGACUCCAACAACAAGCUCACUCCUACGCCGCGCUACACCAAGCACAGCGCCAACACUACGACUACUGCAUCGUCGCUUUGUAGCGCGGCUACUGCUUCGAGUAGCGCCACUAGCUCGCCGCUAGCGCUGUUGCCGUUUAGCGGCCGUCAGCGACAAAUCAGCUGCGGCAGUCAGACAGAUUUGUCUCAGAGCGGAAAUGAGGGCGACACUGAGUCCAGGGGUACUACACCCCCUACUAGUAUGUCGGCUGAGAAUGCUGAGCAGAUACAGGCCUACGUUCAGGAGGUAACCAAAGAACUGGCCACUGAAAUCAAGUCGGAGAUCCGCGAGGUUAUCAACAAGGUGGAAGAUGUUCUGUCGGAAAGUGCUGACUCGUUGGAAACGAACGGCUCAUUGAACAGUGAGGCCGGAAAGCGCUACAGCAUCGACUUCAACGCCCCGCCAAUGCUGGCCACAAUGCAACAGAACCAGUCCUACCAACCUGCCCCAUUCACCGUGUACGGGUCGCCAGGAGGCAGCCAGUUCUACCAACCUAUGGUGGCCAUACCUAAUCAGGUAACCUACCAACAGCUGACCAGUACCCCUUCGCUGCCCACGUUCACGAUGGGGGGGAGCCAACAGCAGCAGCAGGGGGGCCCUCAACAGGGGGGUCCCUCACUGAUGCACACCAACAGCAGCGACUCUGUGUCUCUCAUGUCAGACCAUGUGGCAGAGUAUCUGGCUGAGCUCACCUCUGAAGUUGUCUCCGAUCUCAAGUCUGAGCUGAAGUCGGAGUUCCGCGAAAUGGUGAGCGCCGUAGACGGUCUAAUAUCGCCCGACGUCCGUUCAUCGUCGGUGAGCGAAAAUGGCGACGUUGCCGAUAAUGGCAACGGCGGGCAGAAAAAUGGCAACAAAUGCUGCAGCCAUUCGGUGAAACGCAAUGGAUCCAUUGAUGGCCAGACCUCCACGCCGGCCGCCAAUAAUGGACCAAUGGAAGGACUCAAAGUCAUUUCGGAGAAUAUAAGCGGGGAGGAGCUGCUGAAAUAUGGCCAUCCCACUCUCAAAGAUAUGCGUCGAUCCACUAUGAACAGUAUCAGUUCCCAGGAUAGUGGUAUAAACAUGAACUAUCACUGCGACAGAGACCGCGACUCAUCGGUGUCGCCCAGCGACAUGUCGCAGUCACAGCAGUCGCACAAGUCGCGGCGACAAGUGGCUGCGGCCGCAGGUGGCAAGGAUGGGGAGGGGCAGGGUGAGGAGGAGGAGAGGGGUGGGAUCUCGUUUGAGGCGAAGAGUGAGAGGUUGGCCAACAAGAAGAAACUGCAAUGGCAUUGUCCGCCUAAGAAUAUUUGGAAGCCUACAACUGAGGCAAUAAAAGAGUUCGGGAUGAUAGAGGAUGGCGAUAGAGUGCUGGUGUGCCUAAGCGGCGGCAAGGACUCUCUGUCUCUAUUGCACACACUGCACCAGUACCAGUGCUACGCGUCGAACGCCAAGGGAGUCCACUCAGUGGGCGCCGCCACGGUCGACCCGGGCAGUUCCGCCUACGACCCACGGCCACUCAUUCCCUAUCUGCACGCGUUGGGCGUCCACUAUCUCUACGAGGAACAGUCAAUCCUGGACCAAGCGAGCAAGGCGGCUGAAUGCAAGUCAAUCUGCAGCUUCUGCAGUCGCAUGAAACGGGGUCGGUUGUACGCAUGCGCACGAGAGAAUGGCUACAAUGUGUUAGCGCUGGGUCAGCAUCUGGACGACCUGGCUGAGAGCUUCCUCAUGUCCACCUUCCACAAUGGCCGGCUCAGGUCUAUGAAGGCAAUAAAAGAGUUCGGGAUGAUAGAGGAUGGCGAUAGAGUGCUGGUGUGCCUAAGCGGCGGCAAGGACUCUCUGUCUCUAUUGCACACACUGCACCAGUACCAGUGCUACGCGUCGAACGCCAAGGGAGUCCACUUUCAGUUGGGCGCCGCCACGGUCGACCCGGGCAGUUCCGCCUACGACCCACGGCCACUCAUUCCCUAUCUGCACGCGUUGGGCGUCCACUAUCUCUACGAGGAACAGUCAAUCCUGGACCAAGCGAGCAAGGCGGCUGAAUGCAAGUCAAUCUGCAGCUUCUGCAGUCGCAUGAAACGGGGUCGGUUGUACGCAUGCGCACGAGAGAAUGGCUACAAUGUGUUAGCGCUGGGUCAGCAUCUGGACGACCUGGCUGAGAGCUUCCUCAUGUCCACCUUCCACAAUGGCCGGCUCAGGUCUAUGAAGGCGCACUACCUGAUAAGAGAGCAGGACUUGCGUGUGAUCCGGCCUUUUGUCUACGUGAGGGAGAAAUCUCUGCGUCAAUUCGCCGAGAGCCGAAAGCUGCCCGUCAUACCCGAGAAUUGUCCGGCCUGCUUCGAAGCACCCAAGGAACGUCAUCGCACAAAACAACUACUAGCCCAGCAGGAGAUCCUGUUCCCGAAACUCUUCCUAUCUCUGCGCGCCGCCCUUAAGCCACUCAUCAGUUUCCGCAAAACUGGUGAAGAAAGCAAAUCGUACAAUCGCCUCAAAGUGGGACCCUGCCAUCCUGAUGACGACACGGAGACUGAUGACACCGAGGAGGAUCCUGUCUCGGUCAAGAGCAAUUCGGAGAAUUAGAUAGUCACCCUCAUUACAUCGGAGAGGAUGUUGUCUUGGUGAAGAGUGGUUCGGAGAAUUAGAUAGUCACCCUCAUAACAUCGGAGAGAAUGUUGUCUCGGUGAAGAGUGGUUCGGAGAAUUAGAUAGUCACCCUCUUUACAUCGGAGAGAAUGUUGUCUCGGUGAAGUGUGGUUCGGAGAAUCAGAUAGUCACCCUCAUAACAUCGGAGAGGAUGAUGUCUCGGUGAAGAGUGGUUCAGAUAAUUAGUCACCAGGAAAAAUCGAAGAGGUUGCUGUGUCGGUCAAGAUCAAUUCGGUAAAUUGGGAGGCACCCUGAGAGUAGAAUGCAUAGAAAUCAAGUUUCUGAAGGUGAGUUGGCGGGAUGAAUUUCCCCAAUUCAGUGGAAAGGUUUCAUAAGUGAUGGUUGUUUGAAAAGUUGUUUAAAAAUAUUUUGUAUUUCGAAAAACCUCCUGGAGUAAUGGAUAGUAACUCGAAAAAAAUAUUAUAAAAGGAUUGUUUACAAAUGAGAGGUGAUUCAUAAUUUAGUAAUACUCGUAUUAUUUAUUCGGGAAACGCGAUGGAAUUUGAUAUAAAUUUAUUUUUAAAAAAUUUCGAAUUAAGGUCUCCUCAAGUGAUAGUUACAUGUAAAUAAGUUAUAGACUAUGAUUUUUCAAUUAGAAAGACUUGUUUUCAAUUUGAUAGUGUUUAUUUCAGUUUUAAUUGAGUUUAGAAUGUGUUUAUGUACUAGUGUAUAGAGUAUGUGUGUAAAUUAUCUAUUACUGCUUGUUGCAGUAAAGGUUCAAACCUUGACCAAAUUUGAGUUUUUGAUACAAUCUUACAAUCAAGGUUAAGGUUUGAUUCUUGAACGAGUGUCAAAUCAAGAUUUUAUUUAUCUUUAUGUUUUUGAAUUCAACUUAGAAUGCGUGAGAUUUCACUUCAAAUUUCACUUUUAUAGUAUCUUGAUUUGAGUUGAAUUAACUUACUCAUCAGGUAUAUGAUGGAGUAUCAUUAUAUUAAUUAAUUAUUAUAUUAUUAAUUAUAUUGAUUAAUCAAUGACCAUUUGUGUAAGCAUAAAUUCAUUUUUGGAUGGUGUAUGGUUUUUGAAUGGCAGAUGCGUAUAUCCAUCUAAAGUCAAUCUAGGUUUGACCAUUGUUUCAGUUCAAACCUCGUUCGACAAAUCUACUCUCAUAAUCCUUAUGAAAGUAUUUUGUGAAAAAUUUAUGAAAUUGAUGCAUUGUUAAUUUAACGUAUUAAACGUUAUUUUAACGUUAGUAUAAUCAGAUAUGGUAUUGAUAACGUUAACGUAUAUAUUAUUAUUUAACGUUAUUUUAACGUAUAUGGUAUUUAACGUUAUUUUAACGUAUAUGGUAUUUAACGUUAUUAUAACGUAUAUGGUAUUUAACGUUAUUUUAACGUAUAUGGUAUUUAACGUUAUUUUAACUUAUAAUUAUGGUAUUUAACGUUGGUAUCAUCAGAUAUGGUAUUGAUAUAUCAUGUAGAUUAGUACUCUGUAAUAUGGGUUUGAACUGUUAUUAUUAGUUAUAUUUUAUCGAUAUUACUACUAUAUGCUUAGAAUAAACAUUUACGAAACCUUGCUUUCGUAAUGUUUGACCAUACUAUUAUAUUCUGAAAGAAAAAUGUUUGACAAUGAUACAGUAUACAAUACCUAUUAAUUACGAUAUUUUUGAAGUUUACAAUCAUAAUGAUUUUUUGUUGACUUUGAAAAGGAAUGCUUGGAAAGGAUUGUUUUAAUACUAAACUAUAGAAAUUUCUACUGCCAGUACAUAUUUUUUAUAAGCAUGAAUUCAUUUUUGGGUGGUAUGGUUUUUGAAUGACAGAUGCGUAUAUUUAUCUAGCUUUAGAGAAAAAAUUCCAAAGUCUUCUAAUUGUGGACCCAAAUUAUUAUUUUACGAACCUUUCAAUAAUAGUAAAAUUUGUAAAAGGACUUUUUGAGUUUCGAAGAACCUCAAGAGAAUAGAUAUAAGAUGCUCAUUUUUGCAAGAUAUGAAUAUUUGAAGGGUCACAUUCUAUUUGAGCAAUACACUUUGGAGCUGAAUGGUUAAUUAUUUCAAAGAAAUAAAUUUAUUGAAUGAGAGAAUAUAGUUUUAUAAAAAGUGAAGUACACACAACUUUACUGAAAAAUUUAAUUCAUAUUAUCUAGCCAGCCUACAAAAGUUAUUCUAUUGUUUUUUACAUUGGAAGAAAAUUUAAUAAACAUAAUUUAUUUUUGUAGAAGGAAGAUGUCCAGUUGGAGAUAUUUUGUAAAUAAAUUGAAUACCUCAAAGUUCAUAGAAGUAUAAAUACAUAAGUUAUUCAUGUAAAAAAUCAAGAAAUAUUAUAAAUGUCCUUGCUUAUUAUAUUGGUAGGUAAACGCGACAAUAAUAUAUUCAAAGGUCUUACAGUAAAAAAUUAUAGAACAGCUACAUAUUUUUACUCUUCCCAUUAAAAAAAUAUUGCCAAUCUAUUUUAGAAAUCAUUUUAUAUUUAAUUGACGGCUUGAGCUGCAGUUUUAGAUAGUCUACCUUGAUAUACUCUUUCAGUAAGAAAGAAUGUCCUUGAUUUUGUGCAUGAUUCACCCAAUUCACGUGUAAAUAAUGAAGCUAAAGUUCAACCAAAAUUGUAUUGAGAUAGUACAGUAACUUUGAUAGAAAAGUAAAUGUUAAUGUAAAUAACCAUUUAUAACUUACUACUUGGAUAUCUUAUUGCCAUUUGAAAAUAAGAACUACCAAUUCAUUUGUAAAUAAUCAUAAGCCAUAAAUAUUAAUUUAAAAAGAUUGAUUAAUCUAAUCUAGUUCACAUACAGUACUUGAUUCCUUAGAAAACUGAAUCAUAAAAAUGCAUGAUAUAUGUAUUAACUGUGUAGAUCAAUUUUUUAGAAAUCUACAUAAUUUUUGUUGAACCUGAUUGAAGAAGGUUUUGAACUAUCAAUUGAAAUUGAACUAAUCAUUAAUUAUAUCUAUAGUGAAGUCCACGUUAUAAUGACAGUGUUUGAUUAACAAUGGUAUUGCUAUCUUUGUCUAUCAUUCAACAAAGCGGAUAGCGCUAUCUCUCUCUCUCUCGCUUUGCUCUGUUGCCAGAUCGGCUUUUAACAAUGUAGAAUUCAUAAUUAAUUAACAAAAAAUUUCAUCAGUUACGAAAAUUCAUUAUGAAAUUAUUGAAAAAUAUAAUUAGGCUACUUGCUUAAUUAAAUGUAAUUGAUUAUUUUAAACGAGAAUGAACAGUCAAUAUUACAUCAAUAAACCUGUAUCAGCUACCGUCAAGAAGGCAUUGACAAGACAGAGGAUCGGCAACGUUGUUCUCCUAUCUUGCUCCACUGCCAUUAUAACGUGGACCUCACUAUAAUUAUAUGUUGAAUAUUAUUAUUCUGUAUGAGCAAUUUGUUUCAAGUUUUAAUAUGUAUAUUCCAAUGUUUAAAAGAGGUCUUCAUUUUUGCUCAAUGAUAUUAAUAGAUAUAUUCCUCAGCAUUAUUGCAAAAUAACUUCUCCAAAUAACAUUAUAAAUGUAUACUUUUAAAGUACUAUUUUUUUGGGAGUUUAGUUUGCUUUAAGCCGCCAGUUUAUUUAUCUUUUUAAAACUAUCUUUUUCCAAAAUUAAUUUGGAAAUGUUUAGUUUGCUUCAAGCUGUCAGAUUAAUUUUAUCUGUAAGUUCCCUAUUUCCAUUAAUUUGAAACAGAUGUUUUUCUUUUCGUCCUUUUCUACUCAAAACGCUGAAGCUCUUCCAUUCUCAUAUUUUCGUAGAAAAAAAUUAACUUAUCAAAAUUUGUAUAUAUUCAAGAACAAAAUCAAGUUUAUAAAUAAUGCUACUCUUGGCUAUUAUCAAGGUCAACUUGGCUGGUAUUUUUUGUUUUAUAAUAUUUGACUUUUUUUUAUUUGAUAUAAUAUGUUGCAAUGUUGACAGUUUUAAAUAAAUUAUCAACAUUUUUUCAUGUUGUUGCAUUACUUUAAUGUACAUUGGCAAGUAAAUUACUAAGUGUCCAAUUAGAUGCCCUAUUAUUGAAAAAUAUUCUUCCUUGAAAUUUUACAUUCUUCAAUCGUUGAUCAUUUCAGGCUUUGAAAAUCUAGACUGCUAAUUUGAGAAAAUAGGUUUUGAAUUAUCAUAAUUAACUAUAUUAUUAUUAUUCAUUAAUAUACGGUAAUUGAUGUGAUGUUUAUAUAUAAUAACGUUAUUUACUGUAUUGAAUAUAAUUAACAUAAGGAUAUGUUCAAGUUAGUUGUGAACCAAGUCAUAAUCUUAAGAGAAAGCAUGUCUGUAGUGUUUAUAUUUAUUCAAGAAAUGGUAAUGUGUGGAUUUUGUAAUAGUUGUUGCAGUUUAUGUAUUCGAUAUAUCGAUAUAGUCUUGCUGAAACUUAGUACAAAAUUUGAUAGAUUCUCAACAAUGGUAGGACUCUUCAGUUUAAAGGUGCGUACAGAUAUACGCGCCGCGAACAUGAGCAAUUCACUUUUAUUCAGCUGACUAUAUCUGUAUUUUUACAGAAACGGUAAGAUACAGAUAUAAAAAGCUUGGCAUCAGCUGAUUAAAAGUGUAUUGCUCAUGUUCGCGGCGCGUAUAUCUGUACGCACCUUUAUGGCAGAUUUAACCAAAUUAUUAUCAACCUGUUCAAGAGUACAUCUUUAUAAAUAUUACAAAAUUAAUAGAGUAAAAUAUUUCAGAUUUUUUUUUGUUCUUGAGCGAUUUAACCUUCAUUUAAUCAUAUGAGGAUUCAUCAGAGAAUUUUCAUUAAAAAUAUUAGAUGUUUUGACCAAUAAUGUUAUAGAAAUCAUAGAAAAUCACUACUACAUAUCAAUAGGCUACUUAUGUUUGAGCAUACAACUGUUCUGAAAACAUUGGGCUCAUUCCUUCAUUUUAUUAUAAUUUUUAGAUUGAUUCAAUUUAUUGUUGACGCAUACAUAAUAAUAUUAUUUUUUCAACAUCAUAUUUCUUUGAUCAUUGUUACUAUAUUUUUCUUGUGUCUCAAUUAUUAAAUCUUCAUGUAAUGAUAUACAUAAACUGCCAAUUGGAGCUUCCUUUCAUGUAGUAGUUUCUAUUAGUAUUUAUCACUUUUAUAUUUUUUAAAAUGUAUGAAUUCAGGGGUAAUUCCUUGUAUUUAUAAAAUAGAACUAUAAUACUCUUUAAAAUGAAUAAAAUAUUAAAUAUUACUUUACAAUUCGUAUUCUUGUCUAAUAUUUUAUCAAUUUUAAAGGGUAUUUUAAUUCUAUUUUAUAAAUACUUUUAUAUUAUAUAUUUU